AUGCAUAUUCAAUUUCCGUCCCCAUCUGUAAAACUUGCUGCCCCGGCUGAGGCUCGCAGCAAACCACCUCUCUAUGACUCUCCCCAACCAUUGCCCACCCGACCUCCUUCACCACACAUACAGCAUCCCCGACCUCCACCCAGCGGACACCUCUGCCCAGCCAAUGCAUCACAUCAUCACCCAGCCCCAAGCUCCCACCGGCCCAGUUCUUCGGCCGAUCCCAGAAGUCAUCUCCCCCAAGACAUCCUACAUAUCCUCGAGUCCAAUUUCACCGGCGAUUCCGCAGACAACCAGGACCGCAAAGAUCAGCAGAUCAGUCGUGUUGCCGAAGAACUGAGAGUCAAAGCUCGCUUGAGCCGAUACCGACGGGUGCGAGAUCAACUCUCAGAUAGUGAAGAUGAAGACAGCGAGCCGGGAAAAGCAAACAGAUCAUCAGAGGAAGAUACAGAUGACGAAAGCGAAGAAAAUCGAGACAAGAAGAAUGAUUGCCAAAAAUUUGACCCUCAGAGUGACAAUGAAGCAGACCUAAUCGACGGAAGUGGUGAUGAAGACGAAGAACAAGCCAAAAAUAAUAAAGCUUUGGCCAAACUCAAGACGGAGAUCGAACAGAUCAUUGGAAUUCCUCAAAACGCAUCAUACACUGGUCCGUUGGAAGCCGAGAAAAUGAUGACAGAUCAUGACCGAGCAGAUGAAAAGCCAACCAUAGCCAACGAACCCGAACUCCAGACGGCAGAUGAAACUGCGCCAAAAAUAUCCCAAGAUCCUCUGCCCACAACCAUCGUGGAGCAGCAGGAUCUUACUGCUCCAAAAACGAUCGAAGAAGACGAGUCCGUAAAGAAGCUUCUCGCCCAAGUCAAAUCUCAAAUUGACCAGCUCAAUCAAAGCUCAGAACAUGCACCAAUUAGAACGACCGUGCCCCCUGCGCCCACUUGUCCGAAAGGAGAACCGCUACCGUCAACUGUAGCUGCAGCCCAAGUGGAACCGGCUCAGCCAAGGUCUAACCCCCUCGGCAAGCCGCAGGUAGCCAAGCCCAAGAAGAAGCCUCCGCCCAAGAAACGUGUGGCGGGGCCCGGCAAAUCUGGAGAUGAAUCGGAGGACGAAGGCGGAGAAACCAACGCGUCCAUGGCGGGGCCAACCACGGCCAACGAACUCAAAGAGCCCCCGCCUGAUGUGGUCGAGGUGCCUUUCACGCGGGUUUCGGACGACGACGAACUGAGGUCGAUCAGUCCUUUUGGCUCGGUCACUUCGCAGAUCGGAAACGUGCUUGUCAUCCAAGGUACCGCUGGACUAGGAUACGAUCGCGUGCUGGAUGAGGGCACUUUAGUCUGUCAGAAGAACGGUCUGGUGGUCGGCAAAAUUUUCGAAACAUUUGGCUCGGUGACCAGCCCUCACUACAGCAUCAGAUUACCUAAUCAUAUCCUAGCUUGCGCGCCUCGAAAUGACGAAGAAGGGGUGGACCUCUCUCCCGGGGUCGAGCUAUGCUACCUCCCACGGCACUCGCAUUUUGUCUUCACGGCUGAACUCAAGGCACAGCCGAAGGGGACAGAUGCCAGCAAAUUCUACGACGAGGAGGUCGGAAACCCCGACGAGAUCGAAUUCAGCGACGACGAGGCUGAAGCCGAGUACCGUAAGGCGUGCAAAUUAGCGAGGAAAACCGCCAAAGAUCCGGGCGGGAACGGGAAUCAUCAGAACAAUCCUCGCGCCAACCAUUCAGUCCACGUCUCAGAACACGGGCGACGGAUGAUAGUCCACAUGCCUGCUGAUAAGCUCAACUAUGGUGCAGAUGAUGUGGCUCACGAUGGAACGGUAGAGUCCGAUUACAGUCUCCUCGAAAGGCCGAAGGAUUUCACUACCAGUCAUGAUACCUCGAUGUCCGUGCCGACUCCCACUAACCCAACAAACAGACAGGCGUCAGGCCAAAGAGCACGAGGCAAGAAACGCGCCACUGGCGCUCGAGAUAGGAACCGAAAGAAUUUGGCUUCCCAGCCGUCCCAUCCAUCGUCCGGUCAACCCGCCAAUACCGCGUCCGGAAACGGCCCAAGCCGUCCGGCUGGAACUCCCCGGACAGGCACCCAAUCCGGCAGACCGUCCGGGCAUGCGAAUCCGCCCGUUUCUCUCUCCCCCAACCCGACCACGAACCGGUUCCAGUCCCUCACAGGAGUCCCAGGGACCAUGAUGAUGGGCCCAGGCCCGAUGAACAUGAGCUUCGGGGGCCCCGCGAGUGCGAAUGGGGGUCUACAGCAGAGCAUGCAGUCGGCUUACAUGGGGAUGUGGAACGGGACCCACGGCGGGCUGCCGAUGGCCCACCAGAGCCCGAUGAUGAUGUCGGCAAUGAUGUCGGCAAUGAUGAUGGGCCAGUCUUCUGGACAGCAGCAACACCCAUUGGGCGCGGCCAUCCCUUCCUACAACCCCCAUCUUCCCUCCCCCUCCGCUAACCAGUUCUUCCAGUUCGGAUGCCCGAACACCAACAUCAACUCCUCGCUUCCCUCUCCCCCAACCCCCGCUUCUUCUCAGCACUUCCCCAAUCAUAACUCGCCCAUCAAUUCCCAGCUCCCGUUCGUGCUUCAUCAGCCUUUCCAGAACAUCCUGCCCCACCACCAGACCCUGGAUCAUAACCAGGCCGCGCAUCAACCGCCUGCACCCAACAAUAACCCCAACCUCGGCCACUUCAAUCCGUGGUUCUACAGACCCCCCUGA